UAUCCUGUGCAGUAACAGUAAUUUCAGUAUUGAUAGCCUAUCUUUCCUUUCUGUUACACUUUUCUUCUGGCUUGCUAGUGGCGGGUUUUUCAAAUCUUUCCUUUCUGUAACUCUUCUUCUAGCUUGCUAGUUUCUCCAGCUAUCAUAAGGGAAUCACUGCAACCAAUUACAUCUUCCAAGCUUCCAUUUUUUUUUUUUUUUGGGUGAACUCCAAACUUCCAUCUCAUUGUCUUGUAGUGAAGAAUCACUCCAUUUUAGAGAAAACAGACUUCCUUCUUUGAGAGAAGAUGAUCCAAUUCGUGGCUUAAAAAUGCAUAUCAUCUCACCAACUUUUGCCUAUGAGCCUCAUCCAAUCCAGCAUUACCCCUGCAAAUAUGCCUCCAAGAAAAAAGAAUACAAGCAAAUUUCCCAAAGCAUUUUGUUCUGUUCACCACAAAACAAGAAUUUCACAAGUUUCUAUACAAGGAGCUUUCAAAGGGGACCAACCAUGGCUACACCUGGUGGAAAUGAUGCUCCAUCCAAGAUUGAGGGAAGAGAUGCUGCAUUGGUACUAUGUUGGAUUCUUAGAUAUGGAAGCCUUAUGUCCUGGAACAUUAUGCUGAAAAUAGGAGAUUAUUAUAUGGAAUUGCUUCUGGAUCUGGUUGGAAGAUAUGUCCCCCUCAUAAAAGGCCUAAUGAUAAAGUCACGAAAGGGCUUAUUGAUCUCGAUUAUUUCUCGUAUCUUAUUUAUUCCGGCAUUCAACUUCACAACCAAAUAUGGAGGUCACGGUUGGAUGCUCAUGUUGACAUCCCUUUUGGGAUUGUCCAAUGGUUACCUCACUGUUUGUUUCAUGACUGCAACACCCAAAGGUUACAAGGGACUGGAACAAAAUUCCUUGGGGAAUUUGCUUGUAUUAUUUCUUCUUGGAGACAUAUUUGCAGAGGUAAUGCUGGGUUAGAUGUGGCUCAUAGGCAACAUUUGGCGAGAUGAUACGCAUUUUUAAAUCACGAAUUGGAGCAUCUUCUGUCAAAAAGGAAGUCUGUUUUGUUUAUAAUUAGGAGUGAUUUAUCACACGACAAUGAAAUGGAAGCUUGGAAGAUGUAAUUAGCUGCAGUGCCUCCUGGACAGCAUACUUGAUUGAAACUGGAUUCUACAGUCAUGUUCCAUGUACAUGAAUAAUGUGAAGACAAUGGCAUUUCCACACCAACGGCUGGGUUUCACUUUACUUGUCAUCAUUUUACUGUAUAAUAUAUUUGAAUUCUUCCAUUUAUCAAAGUGGAAAGAUCAACUUUGAAGGUGGCAGGGAAUGACCAGUGGAUUCAGUAACUUGGUUGAACAAGAACCCAUAGUUCCAUAUAGCCUACUUCUAUGUGAGAGAGAUUACAUGUUGGUUCUAACAAAGAAGGCUUAUCCAAGCUACAUGAAUCUAGUCUUGCCAUUAUACUCUUAUCCUUGCCAGGGCCAUAUCCCAUUUAAUUAUGAGCCAUUGCCUAAACUGUAAUUUGUCCACUGCUUAAUAUACAUGGUUUAAACAUCUCUUCUUAAGCUCUGCUGCUAGUAUAUGUAGAUGUUUGAUUCAGAUUAGUUGGAUAAAGUCCAUCUAUAAAACUGAAAGAAGGGAUUGCCUUUUCUGUGAGGGAGAGGAAAAAAGGGGAGGCUCAAAUCAAGCAAAAGAAUUUUCUGGUGGUU